AUGGAUCACUUUGAAGGAGCAUCGCAAGAUGACUUUACAUUUCUAGAAUAUUCUGCUGACACGCAGUCUUCGCAAUACGAGUACAGUGAUUUUACACAAACGCCCAAAGAUGACGUUGAUCCCGAUCUUUCGUUACAAUCAUUAUCUUUAGACGGACAGGCCGAUAAUGAUGAGGAUGAAAAUGCCCAAGCCAACGGCACCACCUCCUUUGUCAAUGAUUUCCAGUUUGAAGACACCGACGAUUUUGGCGAACUCAUUGUCAAACCCGACGACAAAGACUUACCUGCUCAUGCAUGCAAGUACUGCGGUAUUCAUUCCCCCGCUUCCGUUGUCAAAUGUGUGACAUGUGACCGAUGGUUCUGUAAUUCAAGAGGAAACACGUCUGGAUCUCACAUCAUUAACCAUUUGGUACGUGCCAAACACAAAGAGGUCUCCUUACACCCUGACUCUCCCCUUGGUGAUACAGUCUUGGAAUGUUACAACUGUGGUUGUCGUAACGUCUUUUUGUUGGGCUUCAUUCCUGCCAAGAGUGACACUGUCGUCGUUCUCAUUUGCAGACAACCAUGUGCUGCUGUGCCUUCUUCCAAAGACAUGAAUUGGGACACCACUCAAUGGAUGCCAUUGAUCGAUGAUCGAUGCUUUUUAACAUGGCUCGUCAAGAUCCCUUCUGACCAAGAGCAACUUCGUGCCCGUCAGAUCUCUGCUACUCAAAUCAACAAAUUGGAAGAAUUAUGGAAGGAUAAUGGUGAGGCUACGUUGGAGGAUUUAGAGAAACCAGGUGUGGAUGAUGAACCUCACCCUGUGCUGUUAAGAUAUGAAGAUGCAUAUCAAUACCAAAAUAUCUUUGGUCCUCUCGUCAUGAUGGAAGCUGAUUAUGAUAAAAAGUUGAAAGAAUCCCAGACGUGUGAUGAUAUUGUAGUGCGUUGGGAUGUAGGUUUGAAUCAAAAGAACAUUGCUUGGUUUUAUUUUCCCAAGCUGGAGUUAGGAGAGAUCAAAUUGGCUGUAGGUGAUGAACUUUGUCUUCGUUACCGUGGUGAAUUGCAUGAAGCAUGGAAUGCUGCUGGUCAUGUAAUCAAGAUUCCUAAUAAUAUGAGUGAUGAAGUCGCUCUUGAAUUAUCUCGUGCUGGUAAAGCUCCCACAGAUUGUACUCACAACUUUUCCGUUGAUUUUGUUUGGAAAUCCACCUCGUUCGAUCGUAUGCAAUCUGCCAUGAAGACCUUUGCUGUGGAUGAAACAAGUGUAAGUGGUUAUAUCUACCAUCGUCUUUUGGGACACGAUGUUGAGCCUCAAGUCCUCAAGACCCAAAUGCCUAAACGAUUUUCUGCUCCCAAUUUACCCGAAUUGAAUCAUUCUCAAGUCUAUGCUGUCAAAUCCGUACUUCAAAAGCCUCUUAGUCUUAUUCAGGGUCCUCCAGGUACUGGUAAAACAGUUACUUCUGCAUCCAUCGUCUAUCAUUUAGCAAAGAUGAAUCCCGGUCAAGUCUUGGUCUGUGCUCCAUCCAACGUCGCUGUUGAUCAACUUGCUGAAAAGAUUCAUCAAACUGGCCUUAAGGUCGUGCGUAUCACGGCUAAAUCGCGUGAAGAAUUAGACUCACCUGUUUCCUUCUUGACUUUACAUGAACAAGUACAAAAUAACGAUACUAAUGUUGAAUUACAAAAACUCAUUCAUUUGAAACGUGAUCAAGGUGAAUUGAGUGCCUAUGAUGAAAAGAAGUAUAAAUCUUUAAAGCGUGCCUGUGAAAAGGAAAUCUUGCAGAACGCUGAUGUCAUUUGUUGUACCAGUGUGGGUGCUGGUGAUCCUCGUGUUGCUAAAUUAAGAUUUCGUACAGUCUUGAUUGAUGAGGCUACCCAAGCUUCUGAACCUGAGUGUAUGAUUCCUCUUGUUUUAGGCUGUAAGCAAGCCGUUUUGGUAGGUGAUCAUCAACAAUUAGGUCCCGUCAUCAUGAACAAGAAGGCCGCUCGUGCUGGUUUAUGCCAAUCAUUGUUUGAGAGAUUGGUCAUUCUUGGUAUCCGUCCUAUUCGUCUUCAAGUCCAAUACCGUAUGCAUCCUUGUCUCUCCGAAUUCCCUAGUAAUAUGUUUUACGAAGGUACACUUCAAAACGGUAUUACCACCCAAGAACGUAUUCGUAAGAAUGUUGAUUUCCCUUGGCCUGUUCCUGAGACUCCCAUGAUGUUCUAUGUUAACUUAGGUAACGAAGAAAUCUCUACUUCUGGUACCUCAUACUUGAACAGAACAGAGGCUUCCAACUGUGAAAAGAUUGUGACACGCUUCAUGAAGUCAGGUAUCUUGCCUUCUCAAAUCGGUGUUGUUACACCUUAUGAAGGUCAACGUUCGUACAUUGUGCAAUACAUGCAAUUUAACGGAUCUUUACGUAAGGAUCUUUACAAGGAAAUUGAAGUUGCUAGUGUGGAUGCUUUCCAAGGUCGUGAAAAGGAUUAUAUCAUUCUUAGUUGUGUGCGUUCCAAUGAACAUCAAGGUAUUGGUUUCUUGAGUGAUCCUCGUCGUUUAAAUGUAGCCCUUACCCGUGCCAAAUAUGGUGUUGUGAUCCUCGGUAAUCCCAAGAUUUUGAGUAGACAUCCUUUAUGGCAUCAUUUAUUGGUGCAUUACAAGGAGAAGGGAUGUUUGGUGGAUGGAGCCUUGAAUAAUUUACGUGUUUCAAUGAUUCAAUUCAACCGACCCAGAAAGAGUUAUCGCAAGGAUGAUAAAUUCCGUCAAGGACUUGCACAUCAAGUGGAUGCACGUGAAGCGUUUGCCAGACCUCCUUUAGCCGCUGAUACACGUCGCAAGGGAUAUGGGCAAGACUUUAUGCAGACUCAUGAUCCUAUUGGUUAUAUCCCCUCUGAAGUUGGAUCACUUCCCAAUUCUCAGUUCAGUAUCCCUUUUAUUCCUUCUGCCAGUGGACCAUUUACACAAGAUCUCUCUCAAUCCAGCGUCUUUAACCGAAAGAAUAUGAGACCCGAAGGAGGAGAGGAUUCGCAACGCUAUGUACCUGGUUCUUCCACCUUUGCCAACCAUGCUAGUUGGCAACAGAUGGGUAAUAGCCAAAACUUGUAUAGCAGUCAAACCUCCAUUGGUCUAGCUCUUUCUCAAAGUGAUCGUUUACGUAUGAUGAGCGAGAUGGCUAGUCAAAACCCUAGUAUGUCUCAAGAAAGUGCUUAUCCUUACGACGAUUACAAAUCACAAGAUGUCUCGUCCAUGAUGAGUCAAGAUUUUGAUAUCCGUAGUCAAGCAAGUCAAUCCUACACCCAAUACUAA